CGACGCACCAUGAAGUCCCUCGCCGGCGACAGCCCCACCUCCGCGCCGCUUCUCCAGGCCACCAAGAUCGCCAUCCCUGCUGCUGUCUCCUCCGUGGGAGGGGCCGCGGAGGCCGCGGUCCUGGGCAAGGGGCGCUACAAGGUGUGGGCCCUCGCCGCCAUCGCGCUCCUCGCGCUCUGGUCCAUGUCCGCCGCCUCCGUCUCCCUACGCUGGUCCGCCGGCGACCUCGCCGCCUUCGGCUCGGGGGACCUAGACGCGCCGCUCCGGGACGACCUCGACUCCCUCGAGAUGGAGGAAAGGGAGAAGCUAGUUGGUCGGAUGUGGGACAUGUACACGCGCACUAGCGACGAGGUGCGCCUUCCACGCUUCUGGCAGGAAGCGUUCGAGGCUGCCUACGAGGAGCUUGGUGGUGACGAUAUGCAGGUCCGUGAUGCGGCCAUCUCUGAGAUUGCUCGGAUGUCAGCCCACAGGCUCGAGCUUGAGCAGCCGGUGAAUGCAAACGAGGUAGAUGGUAAGGAUAACAUCAGGAAUAAUGAUCAUGGCGGAGUGAAGCUGUAGUUUCAAAACUGAAGAUGCAUCCUGUGCGCCAACAACAAAUACAAUAUCAGAAGUUGGACUUUGAGGCUUCGAUGUAAACUAA